AUGGAGGAGGUCAGUAUUUCUACAAUACUCCAUGUUUGUGCACCCAUAGACAGCAUGCCACAAUGCCAGUCACGUGACUCCAAACAAACUCCCACCACGUGAUCGGUCACUUCCGCUUUCUGCUAAGUCGAGGCUUGGAACGCAGCGCCAUUUCCUCCCACUCGUUGUAAACUUCCGGUUGACAGGACAGUUGUUUACGUUUGUAGGCUUCGGCUCCUCUGUCCUGAUAAACGCCAUGGCGGCUCCAUCUAUGGAGACAGGUAACGUGUCUGAGUUCUCAGUAUCUUUAUGGCUGUGCUUGGGAAUGAAGGUUUGAGUUCUCCAUUUAAAACUCUGUGUGGCAGUAAGAGCAAUGUGGUCCUCCCCUUCCCGGUAACAGUAGGACACACAAGCAGGAGUUACAAUAUAAAGGUUUUUAUGUCAAAAUUACCACGCUGUAACUGCAGCUCACUUAGGGAAUUUAUUUUACAAAAUACGCUAUUUUUUGCCUACAUUUUUUUGGAUUUUAGUUUUCCUCAGUUAAUGAAACAGUCCAAGCAAGGUAACCACUAAAGCCUGCUGUUGUGGUUAUGGUGCCAGGAGUGCCCUGGCUACAUCCCUGCAAGUAUUCAAAACCACUUCCUAUAAUGUGAUAACUUACCUGGGUUGUGCAGGUUUAUCCUGCAAGAGAUUCCAGCUUGCUGUACAUAGCUGAGCAUUGCCAUGCAGAACUGCGAUCAUCACAGUCGCUGUACUUUACUGUAUAGAGCUAUCCUGCUUAUCCUGUAGAAGAAGACCGAAUGCAAUGUGAGGACACAGGUAAGAUGACAAACUGUAUGAAAAUUAAAGGGACACUGUAGGCACCCAGACCACUUCCACUCAUUGAAGUGGUCUGGGUGCAAACGUCCAUCACACCUUGAGCAGGUAAUUAUCACAGUUUUUAUGAACUGCAAUAAUUACCUCUGAGGGUUAACGCCUCCUCUAGGGGCUGUCUCCAAGACAGCCACUAGAGGGACUUCUGGAAUUGAAACGUACCUUUGAUCCGUUAUUUGACACUGGACGUCCUCACACUCUGCAUGAGUACUUCCAGCGUCAGAUUUUUCCCCAUAAGAAAGCAGUGAAUAAUGCUUUCCCGUGGGGAAAUCCUAAUGCGAGUGCAGCCGUUGCCGCGCAGACACAUUAGGUCUCCUCCGCCGGCGAACGUCGAUGGGGGAGGAGUGUGGGCGGUGGACCAAGGCAAGUGACUGAAGGAGUUAUUAAAGGAACACUAUAGUAACCUAAAUUACUUUAGCUAAAUAAAGCAGUUUUAGUGUAUAGAUCAUUCCCCUGCAAUUUCACUGCUCAAUUUACUGUCAUUUAGGAGUUAAAUCACUGUUUCUGUUUAUGCAGCCCUAGCCACACCUCCCCUGGCUAUGAUUGACAGAGCCUGCAUGAAAAAAAAACUGGUUUCACUUUCAAACAGAUGUAAUUUACCUUAAAUAAUUGUAUCUCAAUCUCUAAAUUGAACUUUAAUCACAUACAGGAGGCUCUUGCAGGGUCUAGCAAGCUAUUAACAUAGCAGGGGAUAAGAAAAUCUUAAUUAAACAGAACUUGCAAUAAAGAAAGCCUAAAUAGGGCUCUCUUUACAGGAAGUGUUUAUGGAAGGCUGUGCAAGUCACAUGCAGGGAGGUGUGACUAGGGUUCAUAAACAAAGGGAUUUAACUCCUAAAUGGCAGAGGAUUGAGCAGUGAGGCUGCAGGGGCAUGUUCUAUACACCAAAACUGCUUCAUUAAGCUAAAGUUGUUCAGGUGACUGUAUUGUCCCUUUAACCCCUUCAGUGUCGCAGGAGGAGGCAUUGACAGAGAGGAAAGCUAUAGUGCCAGGAAAACUAGUCUGUUUUCAUGGCACUAUAGUUUACCUUUAAAUUACUGCUUACUUUGUGAGGAUCCAGGGGUUUUAUUGAACCACAGCCAAUAAAGCGACCGUUAGUAGUUAUAGUGCUUGGGGUGUCUUUUAUUUUUUUUAUUUUUCGGCCUUUGGGUUUGUGUAGUAUUAUCAUAAAGUUAACUACCAAAAACAUAUUUAGAUCCUAGACAUAUGAGGCAUUGAACCCUCAGCUUUUUAACUUUUAAUUCAUACUUAAAAGACCACUAAAUGCACCCAUUUAUGUGUGCAGUGGUUGUUUAUUUUUAACCCUGCUAUCUAAACAAUAGGUGUUUAGUAGACACGGCACUAUUAUGCUUGAAGGGUUACACACAGCUCUAGUGGCUGUCUUCCUGAUAGCUACUAGAGGGUGUUUCUGCCAAUACCUAAAUCAUACUUGGUUAAUCAAUAACAUGCUGCUUGUAGAUGACAUUUGAUUGUCAAGGCCUUUUGCCAUGCAUGCACACUAGUUUCCCAAUGCUUUCAUACUGGAAACCAUAGGAUUGUCGAAGAUCAUAAAUGUUGAUGAUCUCAGCCAGAGAGGUGGGAUGACUGGAGAGAGACCAGCGUGACGAGGGAGUAACAGUAACUAAAAAAAACUACCUUUUAUAAAGAGAUUCUCCAGUGCCAGGAAAACAAACCCGUUUUCCUGGCACUAGAGAAUCCUGGAGUGCCCCCUCCCGCCUGCCCCCAUUGCACAUAGGUGAAAGGGUUAAAACCCCUUCAGACACUUACCUGACCCAGCGCAGAAUCCCUCGGCGCUGGGUCAGGCUCUGCCCAUGCUCCUCCCCGCCAACAUCCGCCGGUGUGGGAGACCUAAUGUGCAUUUUUUGGCUUUUUUCUUUUCUUUUUUGUUUAUAAUUAAUGAGAAUGUAUCUAUGUAAAUAUGACAUCAAAUUAAAGCCCUCUUUGCCCUCUAAAAAACGGUAUUUAAUAUGUUUUGGUGCAAUAAAUGACAGAGAUGCAAAACGCGUUUGAACACAAACAGCAAAAGAUGCAAAAAUGGCUUGUGUCCUUAAGGGUAAGACAAGCUUUUGAAGCUGUAUCCUUAAGGGGUUAAGACGUUACCUUUUUGUAUUGUGGUUUUUACAAUGUGUUUCCUUUUUCCCCCCUUUCUUUUUCCAAUUUGUAAUUACCUUGUAAAUUUAAUUAGUUUUUACUAAUUUAGUGGAUAGUUCCCUUUUGAUUUAUUGAACAUCCACUCUUUGGUUAUUUGCCAUUAACUGUUUGUUUGGUUUUUGUUUUUAUUUACAGAUGAGCAAGCCCGGAUUCGAUUCCAGUUGGAGUUGGAGUUUGUACAGUGUUUGGCAAACCCUAAUUAUCUUAACUGUGAGUAAUUGUUAACACUAAUAUGUUUUUUUUUCUAAUUAGAAAAUAUUUUUCCUCACAUCAGUAGGUGUAAUUUCCUUUUCAUGCCCAACCCAUUCUACCUUUAUUUAUUAUUUUUGUGGGGGGUAAGUUGGUAUAGUACAUUUAAUAGUAAAACGGUUUCUUUAAGCAACAUAACCACUACAGUAAUGAUUUGAGUAGUACUGUGGCCCUGUUUUCCAGUAUUGAGGCAAACUGUUUUCCGAACAGUUUACUUUCUUAUCUUAACUUUAGCCUGCAAGGGGUUAAAAACCCCUUCUGUCACUUACCUGAGUCCAGCUCUAAUUUCACAUGGCGCUGGGUUUCACCAUAGGAUUUCCCCUUAUGUCACAUUACCAUUUUUCCAUAUGUCCAUGCAGAGCAUGAGGACAUCCAGCGUCAGUUAGGUGACCAAAAGUUACCUAAUGACCCGUAAGUCCCUCUAGUGGCUGUCUGGUAGACCAGGGCUCAACAAAUCCCAGGUGCUCUGGCGUUUGAAAUUUGUCAGCUCUUUAGCUAAAGCGGACGGCUAGAGGAAAAAUGGAGCUGGCUGACUGAUGCAGCACGUGAGGGAGCAGUAAACUUCCUGCAGUUUCUCUCUGCUCCCUUGCGUUGUUUAAUGGUGCCGGGAUAUGAUGUCACUACAGAGAUCGUGCAGGGGAGCAUAGAGGACCUGCAAGAUUAGAGAGCAGCUCCCUGGACCUCAGGGAUAGAUCCACUCAGCUCUCUCAAAGGUAGGGAGGCUGAGUGGAUUUAUAUUAAAAAUGUAAAUUUGUGUGUGUAUCAGAGAGUGCAUCUGUCAUAGAGUUUGUCCGAUCACAUGAGAAAGGUGUUGUACUCGCUGCGGCUGGUCCCACCUCGAUGGCUGAGAUCGUCAACCUUUAUGAUCUCAGCUAAGCCAACCAUAGGAAAGCAUUGGGGGAUAUUGUGCAUGUUCUCUAUGGGUAACAUACAGCAUCUCCAUGGAGACACUGAACAUAAAACUCUCUAGUGGCCAUCUCUGAAACGGCAGUGUUUACAUUGAAAAGGGUACAGGGACAGGCUAUAGACACCAGAACUAUUACAUUAAUCUGUAGUGGUUCUGGUGACUAUAGUGUCAUUUUAAGAAUUGCAUAUUUCCCAUUGAAAAUUAAACUUUGUUAGUUACAAAAAAAACAAAACUGGCUCCUAGAUUCCAAACAAACUUAAGUCCUGUGCUAGACCGCCACUAGAAGCAGAGUUUUCUGCCGUCACAUUCUAUGUUUCUAUCAGUAAAGGAGUUUAAGCAUGCCUGGGAUAGGCAUAAGGCUAUCCUAACUAUAAGAUACUUUUAUUUUCUUUCAAAAAAAACAAAAAAAAUAUUUAGAAAAUUGGGCAGACUAGAUGGGCCGAAUUGUUCUUAUCUGCCGUCACAUUCUAUGUUUCUAUCAGUUAACCCUCAAAGGUAAUUAUUGCAGAUCAUUAAAAACUGAAAUUAUUACGUUUACCUGGUUACAGGACUUGGAACUAUGCACCCAGACCACAUCAAUGACCUGAAGUGGUCUGCGUGCCUAUAGUGUCCCUUUAAUGACUCCCCAACAAUGCUGCUAUACAGACUCUGGGUACCAUGAUCAGUUCAAAUCACUGUACAUGUUGACUGGAGAAACCAUUACUCUGAUUUGUAUGGCUUUGUCAGUCUUUUGAAAAUGUAAUAAAUCAACUAUUUAAUGGUAAAUCAGCGGUUGCUCAACUGACUUACUCAACCAAUGAAUGUCAUCCAAACUUGGAUGAAAUUGAUACUGCUUUUAUGGAGGUGUAACUUUCCCAAUAACCUUAAGUAAAAUUUUGUGUGAGGGCUCUGCCACAAGCAUGCAGGGAAGUGGUUUGACAUAGAAUGCACGUGUCUUGAGGCAUGCUGGUGCCAUCACCUACACAUUACAGUGAAAACGAUUGAGUGCCCUUCAGGUUUCACUGAUGCUUGUGAUCUUGUUUUGGUAAGGAAUUGACACUCCACAGUUUUAAAGUGCCAUCUGGUGGUUUGUUUAAUUAUAGUCUUGUUUCCUUUUUCCAUAGUUCUAGCACAAAGAGGAUACUUUAAAGACAAGGCAUUUGUGAAUUAUCUGAAAUAUCUACUGUAUUGGAAGGAUCCAGAAUAUGCUAAAUUUUUGAAGUAAGUACAGGACUAUUUCUGUAACCUAUUUAAACUGAUUGUGCCCCAUUUAUAUCUUACCAAUUAUUUUCUUAAUUAGUUUGCAUGUUUGUUUUUUUCCCCAAGUAUGAUGUGUUAAAUCCAAGAAAAGCACUUCCACUUUUUAAAGGUUUACCUUCAUUAUGCAUAUAUUCCUACAAAUAGUUUUCCAUGUCUAAAGUCGGUAAUGUUAGCUGAAGGAAACAAACUAACCAUUUGCAAUCACGGUGGUAUUUUAUUUGACUUUUUGGUGUUUUCAGCCAAUGGCAAUUAUUAUUAUCGCCAUUUAUAUAGCGUCAACAGAUUCCGUAGCGCUUUACAAUAUUAUUAGAGGGGGGGAUUUAAAUAUAAAUAGGAUAACUACAAGAAAAUGUACAGAAACGAUAGCUUGAAGAGGACCCUGCUCAAACGAGCUUAGAGUCUAUAGGACGAGCAAUCCAGCUAAGAUUUGAAUUUUUGUCAAUGACCAGAAUGUAUGCUGUCUGCUUAAAUAUGCUCUCUUUAACAUGACCGUUUGUUGCAGCAAUACUGUAUAAGGUUCGGACCAUGUCUUGCCUCAUUGUUAGUGCUGCUUUCACCAUUAGUUGUAGAUUAUGCCAGCUUUGGUGUACCUAUAAUCUUAAGGAGGUGAAUAUUUGCUUAAGUCUCUCUUUACUAGAACUUCACAGCAGCACAUUAACUCAAAAAGAAAACAACCAAUCAGAAAAAAAAGUAAAGGACAAUAGAAGUCCCCUCCCAACCAACUACUUCCUCUUUCAAGCUGCGACAAAACAACAGUACAAACAAAACAAUAUAACAGUAUUCCCGGAAGAAAAUGGAUCCAAUUGAUGAUCGUCAUCCGGAGAAGGGGUUCCAACGUAGUAUUGUAGAUGAAACUUUAAACCGAAACGAGAUAAACAGAAUUGAAAAAAUUGGUUAACGAACUAAAUGUACUUAGAAAAACAUGCAGUCACCCAGACAAAGGUUAAACAUUACUAAAAUCAACAGGAUUUUCACUCAAACAUUCCAGAAGUAUACAAAAAAUGUAUAUGCGACAGACAGAAAUGUAAACCUGCAAAAUUCCGGAGUCAUGACGAGUUUAUCCGACAACUAGGGUCUGGGGCAUUCCGCCCGUAGCCUCUUUCGUACCUCCCAGUCCACAGGUUUGCGGACCCAGUAGUGUACAAACUGUGCCAGGUGGUUGGGCAACGACGAUUUGGAGGACCUGGGGUGCCUAAUGCACCAUGGAUCGAACAGGGGCUCGCUCGUAGAAUCCAGGAAUACGUCCUCCUCCUAGAGAGAAACUGGCUGCACAGAUAUGAGGGGGAGGGGGGGCGGGGGGCAGCUAUAAGCCCCUCAAUGAGGAUAGAGUAGAAAGGAGAGAUGUAGUCAGAAGUCUAGGACAGGCAUGAUAAUGCCACAAAACUAGGUACUAGUAAAGAAUAUAAAGAAAUUAUCUCACAUGCCACCCACUAAGUGCAGGAGGCAGUGGACUCUGACCUGUGCUUGAUGUGGAGCAGCAAAGAAAGAGGAAGUAGUUGGUUGGGAGGGGGGACUUUUAUUGUCCUUUACUUUUUUCCGAUUGGUUGUUUUCUCUCUGUGUUAAUGUGCUGCUGUGAAGAGAGACUUAAAUAUGAAGCCUCCUGUCAUGUUAUAAAAUUUGUUUUUGGCCCGUGUAACCUUUUCUAAAGGUUUGGAGAGACUGCUCAUUAUAGAAUGAACUUCUAUAUGCGUUAACUAUGCUCUCAUUAUUUUCUCCCUCUAGAUACCCGCAGUGCUUACACAUGUUAGAGUUGCUGCAGUAUGAACACUUCCGCAAGGAGCUGGUAAACGCCCAGUGCGCCAAGUUUAUUGACGAGCAACAGAUUCUGCAUUGGCAGCACUACUGCCGCAAACGCAUGAGGCUACAGCAGGCGCUGGCUGAACAGCAGUUGCAGAAUAACACUAUUGGCAAAUGAUGCACCAUGCCUUUUGGCAGAAGUGGGACUUUAUACUUUGCCAUACUGCUGUCCAGGAUCCCAAUAUAUCAGCCGUCAAUGUAGUUAUCUGACAUGGCAUUGCCUAAAAGCUACUUUAGAUACAUGCGAUGCAAGUGAAGUAACAUCUAUGUAAUGGGGCACAGACCUUUGCGAUAAAAGGCAAUGCAGGCAUCACAACUUGAAUUCCUGUUAAAGACCUAUGACAACAUAGCAAGUUAAUCACAAAUUAUCAGAAGCCGAAGAACUCUGUGCUGCUACCUGCACCGAAAUCAUGAACAAUGUGAGGCUAUUUGCCUUUGUAGACUUUUUUCAUAUGUUAAUGUUCUUUUAUAAAAGUGGUUUUGAUUUUAGCUCACUGAAUACUUCAGGAUUGUACAUAGUAAUUUCAUAUCACAGUGUGUUGAAGAGAUGUUGACUAUCUUAAGUUAAAUAUGGUGAAUAUUGUGACAGGAAAUACAGUUCAUCAUUUCUCACAUGGCUUCUCUAUGAUAUUCUAGGCUUAGAAUAUCUAUUUAAAUAGAGUUCUGUUAACAUCACUUGUUAUAUAAAACACUUUCUUUCGAACACA